AUAUGAUCGAUGAGCAACACGCAGCAGCAGUUAGCCUGUUAGCCUCCAUGGUUAGCCUCAGAUGAGCAAAGCGGGAUGUUCUGUCUAACCUCUAGAUAACGUGAAAAUGACGGACUACGCAGAAGAGCAAAGGAAUGAACUGGAAGCUAUAGAGUCUAUAUACCCAGACUCUUACACAGUUCUUUCAGAGAAGCCUAUCAGCUUCACCAUCAAUGUAACGUCAGAUGCAGCGGAAAACGGUGAAACCGUGGAAGCAACAUUAAAGUUCACAUAUGUAGAGAAAUAUCCAGAUGAGCCCCCGUUGUGGGAGAUCCACGACCAGGAGAACCUGGAGGACAGCGACAUGGGAGAGAUCUUCACCUUACUGCAGCAGCAGGCAGAUGAAAACCUGGGCAUGGUGAUGAUCUUCACGCUGGUCACAGCCGUUCAGGACAAACUCAACGAAAUAGUGGAUUUGAUGAAAAACAGACGUGAGGAGGAGAAGCGACGGAUAGAUGAAGAGGAAGAGGAGGCAGAGAAGGUGGCCUUCCAGGGCACCGUAGUAACAAUCGAGAACUUCCUGGCGUGGAGAGGCAGGUUUGAGCUGGAGAUGGCCGAGCUGAGGAGUAAAAGACAGAAAGAAGAGGAGCAGGCGGGAAAAAUCAAACUCUCUGGUAAACAGCUGUUUGAGACAGACCACAACCUGGACACAUCGGACAUUCAGUUCCUUGAAGACACCGGAAACAACGUGGAGGUGGAUGAGUCCCUAUUCCAGGACAUCGAGGACUUGGACCUGGAUGAGGACGACCCGGACUUUGACCCUUUAGCCAUGGGGAGUGACGAGGACUAAAGCAGGAGAGGACAGACUGAUGGUCAGAACAGACUGCUCCUCGGGAAUAUGAUCUGACAGGAAUAUGAUCUGAUGUGUCUAACAUCACAAUUACCUUUCAAAGACUCUAACAGCAGCUGCAGAGGAAUUCCUCAGAAACAGAAACACAUACAUUUUUCAUUUCUAUGCCCCAACAAUAAAAUUGACAAAAUAAA